AAAAAGGAAAAAAAAAAAAAACCCGAGAGGCCUUAGGAGAGAGAGGGGAAAAAAAGGAAAAACAAACACGGAGAGAAACCCAUCCCUGGCACAAAGCUGGACAUAAAUCAAUGGACUGAAUGAAGACUGCCUAUAACGCCUAUCGAUGCCUGGCCAAGGAUUUGGAUGCGUACGCCAUGAACCCAGAGAUGACAAUGGACAUUGGCAGCCUACACGGUGGAAUAAGCCAUGAGCAGGACUUGAUGAGCAGCCACAGCCCCCAUCACAACCGCAACCCGGGGGCUUCGUUACGGAUACACCAGGAUCUGACCGUGGCGCCGUCGCGUUCCGCGAUGGUCUCCAGCAUGGCUUCGAUUCUGGACGGCAGCGGCGGCGGAGGCGGAGGAGAGUACCGUCCCGAGCUGUCGCUGCCGCUCCAUCACGCCAUGAGCAUGCCGUGCGACACCUCCCCGCCCGGGAUGAGCGGCACCUACACCACGCUGACCCCGCUGCAGCCGCUGCCGCCGAUUUCCACCGUGUCCGACAAAUUCCACCAUCCGCACCACCACCAUCAUCACCACCAGCGUCUCUCUGGGAACGUGAGCGGCAGCUUCACUCUCAUGCGGGACGAGAGGACUCUACCAGCCAUGAACAACCUCUACAGCCCCUACCACAAAGACAUGAGCGGGAUGGGGCAGAGCUUGUCCCCUCUGGGCAACGGCCUGGGCUCCAUCCACAACGCGCAGCAGACGCUCCACAACUACGGCGCGCACGGCCACGACAAGAUGCUGAGCUCCAACUUCGACGCGCACACUGCCAUGCUGGCCAGAGGGGACCAGCACCUCUCCCGAGGCCUCGGUGGCCCCGCGGCGGGCAUGAUGCCGCACCUCAACGGGAUGCACCACGGCGGGCACCCGGGCCACCCUCAAUCCCACGGGCCCGUGUUGGCUUCCAACCGGGACAGACCGCUCUCCUCCUCCUCCUCCUCCGGAGCGCCGGGCUCCGGCUCGGGUCAGCUGGAAGAGAUCAACACCAAGGAAGUGGCGCAGCGCAUCACGGCCGAGCUCAAGCGCUACAGCAUCCCGCAGGCCAUCUUCGCGCAGCGGGUGCUGUGCCGCUCGCAGGGCACCCUGUCCGACCUGCUGCGGAACCCCAAACCCUGGAGUAAACUCAAGUCCGGCCGCGAGACGUUUCGCCGCAUGUGGAAGUGGUUACAGGAGCCCGAGUUUCAGAGGAUGUCGGCCCUUCGGCUUGCAGCGUGCAAAAGAAAAGAGCAGGACCCGAGCAAAGACAGGAGCAAUACACCAAAGAAAUCGCGGCUGGUUUUCACAGACCUGCAGCGGCGAACGCUUCUGGCCAUCUUUAAGGAGAACAAGCGUCCGUCCAAAGAGAUGCAGCUGACCAUCUCGCAGCAGCUGGGUCUGGAACUGAACACUGUCAGCAACUUCUUCAUGAACGCCCGCAGACGCAGCCUGGACAAAUGGCUGGACGAGGGCAGUCCGGGCAACACGUCGUCCACCUCCAGCACUUGUACCAAAGCGUGAUCCCGGACAGAGGAGAGGGAGGGAACGGGGUGGGAAUGCGGGGCGACGGACGGGACGAACUUUUUAAGAGGAAAAAAAUCAUUCCGAAGGGCAACGAGAGGAGAGACGCUGCUUACCGGCUCCAGUCGGAGUCAAAAACACAACGAUCUGUUCGUGCAAUGAGCCAAACGUCAGGAAAAACGCUUUCUGUGCUCCAAUCCAAAGAUGGUUAACUUUACAUUCGACUUUAAAGAGAAAACCAAAGGGUUUGCAUUUCACAUCUACAUUCACUCGAAAUUAGCUUUGAUUUUCUUUUCCUUAAGUGUGUGUGUGUGUGUGUGUGUGUGUGUGUGUGUGUGGAGAGACUUUAAGCUAUAAGGAUGAAUCUCACAAAAACAUGUCCAGGUUACAUUUCGUGCAAUAUUUUACACUACUGAUAAAGUAUUUUUGUCCUGUUUUCGAGUGCAAAUUGUAUACAUUUACUUGAGAAACACAAAUAAUAAGAUAUUUUCUGAAAAAUCCAUUAAAAUUAACCAUGUUUUGUUAAACAAAAAUUAAAAAAUAAAAAACGAUGUCUGAAAAAACUAUUAUUUAGAAUAUAAUUAUAAAAUAUAAAAAUAUAUUAAAUUAAUAUAUAACAUUCUUUAUUGUUUUAUGCAAAGUUCUUUAUAUCCUGUGUCAUUUUGCUUCUCAAAUAAAUGUAUUCUGAAUCAUUUUUAUAUAUUUGUACUGGAAAACAAAAAAGUAGAAUUUUUAAAAAAU